UAAUCCACCAUGAAUCGCUGCCGUACGUGUUUAGGCAAUGCCAAAGAGAUGAGGCACAUACAUACAAAAAUUUCCAUAUCUGGCGAAAACGUUUCAUUGUCAGACAUAUUAUUAAAUUUUUAUAGUUACAAGGUGUCUGAAGAUCCUUUGCCAGAGAAUAUAUGUAUAAAUUGCGUUCACCAACUUGUUUUAACAUACUCAUUCAAAAUUCUAAUAGAAUCAAGUGCGAAAACAUUGGCCGAAAGCAAUGUUUUAAAUUCAACAAAUGAUCAUGAAUGUGGUAUAGAACCGGAUGACCGUUAUGAUGUACAAAAUCAUAUAAAUAAAAUAAAAGUGCGAAAUAUAAAGGAUUUGGUGAAUCCUGAAUGUGAUUUAAAUCUGUAUUGUGUCUAUUGUAAAGAAAUGUUCAAUUCAGCGAAACUUUUAAAUGAACACUGUUUAAAAAAUCAUCCCGUAAAAAAUGUCAUAGGCAGAGAAUGUGAAUACUGUAAUGAAAAAUUUGAUGAUUUCCGUUCCUUAGUUCUACAUAGAAAAUUACAUUUAAAACCAUAUUUAUGUGAAAAUUGCUGGGAAGGAUUCUAUAAUAUUGAAGAUUUUCAAACUCAUUUCUGCCAACCUAAUGUCAGUAAAGAUAAGAAUAAAUCUGAUAAGAACCUUAGACAGUGUGACCAAUGCGGCAAAUCUUAUCCACCAAGUUACAUUAGAAUACAUAUGUUAACUCAUAGCAAUGAUCGUCCGUACAGUUGUAAAUACUGUCCAAAAAGGUUCAAAGUCCCCGGAGGUCUACAUUCCCAUGUUUUAUGGAAUCAUAAGAGAGUAAGAAAUCAUAAAUGUGAAGUCUGCAAUGCUACAUUUAUAUCAUCAAGCUCUCGGAGUUCUCAUAUCCGUAAAAGCCAUCUAAAAGAAAAGAAAUAUGCAUGUGAAAGUUGCGGGAAAAGGUUCUUUUCUAAAUCAGAAUUACAACGACAUUCAUUAACACAUACUGGUGUUAAAAACUUUCAUUGUCACUUGUGUGUCAAAUCAUACCAAACAAGGUAUGGUUUGAAUGUUCAUUUAAAAUCACAUACAUCCUGUAAUGUUUAACUGUUACAUAUAUUUUUGAGCCUAAAAGUGUGGUUUUGCUUUAGCAUCCUAGAUAUGAUUUCUAGGAAGCCCCCUUUUUUAGCACUUCGCAGAGAGGGGAUUGAUAGCAAGGUUUGAUUCGCAACUAGCCAUUGUGGCUAGUUCCCGGGAUGGUCGCCUGAUCCAGUGU